AUGAAUCCUCGGCUGUGGGAAGCUGACGACAUCAAGUCUUGGCUCAAAUGGAUCACCAAAGAGUUCAAACUGAAGUCAGAAGUACAAGCCAAGGAUCUCCCGGAUACAGGUUGUGAGCUGUGUAGGCUGACGCGGCGGGGACUGCAGAGGGUGGCAGGUCGUCGGGGUGGUCGGGUCCUGGCGCAACACCUGGACAUCUGCCUCCAGAGGUUCGGUUCCUCUCUGCCGACACACGACCCCGGCGACACCACGACCCUCGAAUCCGACGACGAAUCCGACGAUGAUGACGAAGAUGAUGAGGAUGUGGACCCCUAUGAGAUCCUUGGCCCGCGCUCUUUGCCUGCCGCCCAAGGCUCAGGUCAGAUCCAGCUGUGGCAGUUCCUCCUGGAGCUGCUCUCAGACCCCGCCAACUCCGGCAUCAUCACCUGGGAGGGCACGGCCGGGGAGUUCAAGAUCCUGGAGCCUGACGAAGUGGCGAGACGAUGGGGUGAGAGGAAGUCCAAACCUAACAUGAACUACGACAAGCUCUCCCGCGCCCUCAGGUAUUACUACGACAAAAACAUCAUGACGAAGGUACACGGGAAGCGCUACGCCUACAAGUUCGACUUCCGCGGUCUGGACCAAGUGCGGCAACAGCAGUCAGCCGAGGCCCAGCGAUACCCAGCAGACCUUAGCUUCCUCACCAGUUACUCCCAGCUCCUAGGAGGCCUCCCUAGCCGCUGGGCCGCUGACGUCACCCUCGCCACCCGCCGCCGCCGCUCCUCUCCCCUCCGCCAUACUGGGCAGCGGUGUCCUCAGCCGCCGCCCUCGCCACCACCUCACCACUCGCCACGUCCUCCCCGCUGGCGACGUCUUCACCCCUAGCCACCUCGCCUCCCCUAGGGCUACACGCAGCGCCCUUAACCUCCCCACUAAGCUCCCCUCCAUCUGAUGUCCCCGUGACCACCUCCUCCUCCACCCCCAGGACCCUCCCUCACUACCCGUACUCAUGAGCCUCACAACACCGGCAGUGGAGAAGACUCACCCCGCACCUGGAGGACAGGUGGAACAACAUCUUCACCUUGUUGUGUAGGAGUCUGGCUCACCCUCCACACCGCCUCCACUCACCAGUCUAAACCUCCUUUAUAAAGCUACUCAGGCUCACGCCUCCCUGCUGAGCUCACGCCUCCCUGCUGAGCUCACGCCUCCCUGCUGAGCUCACGCCUCCCUGCUGAGCUCACGCCUCCCUGCUGAGCUCACGUCUCCCUGCUUGGCUCAGUCUUAACUCGGUGGGCUCAGUGUUAAUGGGAUGAGCAUCUUAGAUAUCCCGAGGCACCCAGUGAAGAGUCAUAUUACGAGUA